GACGCUUCCGGGCACGCUGUUGCAUCAGCUCGCGAGCGCGGGGAGGAGGCAGCAGGAUGGCAGCGGCCACCGCCGAGCAGGCUUCCAGCUACAGUUUUAUUCUGAGCAUUAGUGAAGAGGAAGCCAGGGUGAAGGCUUUGAACGAGUACCUGAGCACUCGUAGUUAUAUCCAGGGGUUCACAUUUUCACAUGCAGAUGUGGAGGUAUUCAGAAAGUUUUCGGGGCCACCUGUGGACCAGUAUAUCCAUGUUGUCCGGUGGUACAGACACAUAGAAGCAAUCUAUGAUGGCAGCAGUGACAAAAAUGAGCCUUGUAAACUUCAAACAAGUAAAGGCAAGCGUGUGCAGCCCCCCUGGUCUCCUCCUGAAGGGACAAAACAUUCUAGGCUCUGCCUCUACAACAGCCUGACUCGAAAUAAGGAAAUAUUUCAGCCUCAGAAUGGAAAAAAGGUCUUGUGGUAUUGCUGUGGUCCAACGGUUUAUGAUGCUUCUCACAUGGGACAUGCCAGGUCGUACAUCUCAUUUGAUAUCCUGAGAAGAAUCUUGAGGGAUUAUUUUAAAUACGACAUUUUCUAUUGUAUGAAUAUUACAGAUAUUGAUGAUAAGAUCAUCAAGAGGGCAAGACAAAAUUACCUCUUUGAACGGUAUAGGGAGAACAAAUUGGCACCAGAUCAGCUACUUAAAGAUGUUAAAACUGCCUCAGAGCUCUUUUCAGUUAAAUUAAAUGAGACAACAGACCCAGAUAAAAGGCAAAUGUUGGAAAGAAUUCUAAGUGCAGUGAAUUCUGCUUUUGAUCCUCUACAAGAAGCUGUGCAAGCAAAACUCCCUGCAGAAGAGAUCAACAGAUGUCAUGAGAUGCUGUUGGAAGAAGCCAAAGAUUUGCUGUCUGACUGGUUGGACACAAAAUUUGGCAGUCAGGUGACUGACAAUUCCAUAUUCUCAAAGCUCCCCAAAUUCUGGGAAGGGGAAUUUCAUAAAGAUAUGGAAGCACUCAAUGUUUUACCUCCAGAUGUUUUAACACGGGUUAGUGAAUAUGUGCCAGAAAUUGUGGAUUUUGUGAAAAAAAUUGUGGAUAAUGGUUAUGGGUAUGUCUCCAAUGGAUCUGUAUACUUUGAUACUGUGAAGUUUGAUUCCAGUGAAACACACUCCUAUGCUAAGUUGGUUCCUGAAGCUGUGGGUGAUCAAAAAGCUCUUCAAGAGGGUGAAGGUGACCUGAGCAUCUCAGCUGAUCGCUUAAGUGAGAAGCAUUCUCCAAAUGAUUUUGCUUUGUGGAAAUCCUCCAAGCCAGGAGAGCCCUCAUGGGACUCUCCAUGGGGAAAGGGACGUCCAGGUUGGCACAUUGAAUGUUCUGCAAUGGCUGGAUCCAUUCUAGGAGAGUCGAUGGAUAUUCAUGGAGGAGGGUUUGAUCUCCGAUUUCCCCACCAUGACAAUGAACUGGCGCAGUCUGAGGCAUACUUUGAAAACGAUCACUGGGUUCGGUAUUUUCUGCAUACUGGCCACUUAACAAUUGCUGGCUGUAAAAUGUCCAAAUCUUUGAAGAAUUUCAUUACCAUAAAAGAUGCACUGAAGAAACAUACAGCACGACAGUUACGAUUGGCUUUUCUCAUGCACUCUUGGAAGGAUACACUGGAUUAUUCAAAUAAUACCAUGGAAUCAGCUAUUCAGUAUGAGAAGUUUAUGAAUGAGUUCUUUUUAAAUGUGAAGGAUAUUCUUCGAGCUCCCAAUGAGGUGACAGGCCAGUUUCAGAAAUGGGAAAAUCAGGAAGCAGAGCUGAACAAAAAUUUUUACGACAAGAAGGCAGCAAUUCAUGAAGCACUGUGUGACAAUAUUGACACUCGCUCUGUCUUAGAAGAAAUGCGUUCAUUAGUCAGUCAGAGUAACUCCUAUAUUGCUGCAAAGAAAUCUUCCAGACAAAUGCCAAACAGACUUCUUUUAGAAAACAUCAGUUCCUAUCUCACUCAAAUGCUAAAGAUUUUUGGUGCCAUAGAAAGUGAUGACGCAAUUGGGUUUCCUGUUGGAGGGAAUAGUCAAAACAUAAAUAUUGAAUCUACAGUGAUGCCAUACCUACAAGUUCUUUCUGAAUUCAGGGAAGGAGUGCGACAAAUUGCCAGAGAGAAGAAAGUAACUGAAGUGCUGCAGUUGAGUGAUGCUCUUCGGGAUGACAUCCUUCCUGAACUUGGUGUUCGAUUUGAAGAUCAUGAAGGACUCCCAACUGUGGUUAAAUUAGUGGAUAAGGACACGUUAUUAAAAGAAAGAGAAGAAAAGAAAAAGAUUGAAGAAGAGAAAAAAAGGAAGAAAGAAGAAGCAGCCAGGAAAAAACAACAGCAGGAAGCAGCAAAGCUGGCAAAAAUGAAGAUUCCACCACAUGAAAUGUUUAAAUCAGAACAUGACAAAUAUUCCAUGUUUGAUGAAAACGGAUUUCCUACACAUGAUACAGAAGGCAAAGAACUCAGCAAAGGACAGAUUAAGAAGCUAAAGAAACUUUAUGAAACCCAGGAAAAGCUAUACAAGGAGUAUCUACAAAUGGUUCAGAAUGGAAGUAUAAAUUGAAAACAACUGGACUUUUUUUAGAAGGCGAGUGCUGGGUCACCAUUGAAGAAGCGAGCAUAUACUGAUGCUCACAUUUCUGUUUACACUUUCUAUUAUGUGCAAAGUAAAAAUCCUGUUUACGUGGAUUAAUAAUGUCAUCUGGAAAGUCAAUAAAAAUCCAUUCUUAAAAAAGCCAACCUGUAAGAACUUUCUUCACAACAACAGUAGCAGGUUGAAUGGUUGCCAGUUCUAUUUGGGAAGGUGCUGCUCAGUCAGCAAACCCACUUAAGGAUUCUUUUUAUUAUAGCUGUCCAGGCUUUGGUCAAUUUGCCCUGCAUGCUGAUCUCUAUCUAAGACCCACUGUAGCUUGCAUUCUGGAUUAUAUCACAGUCAGAAAAAUCUACUACUGAAUGGGAGCCGAGUAAUUUGUCCCACAGUAAGAAUGGUAUUUUCCAGAUGACUUUAGUAUCUUUACAUAAGCAGGAAAAGUGGGUAGUUCCACUAUGAUACUUACUCUAGCUGCUGUUAUUAAAAACUCUCAUAAGUAUACCCAGAACACUUUGCAUAGUAGAAGCUAACAGUCCCUUUAUUGCAAAAGGGAACUGAUCAUCAUCUUUGCUCAACCUGCAGUUGCAUCAAGUGGGUAAGUACAAGGCAAAUGCAUCUGCAUUGAACAAACAGGUGGGUGCUGCAUUCUUGGAGCUGUCCCUCCAAGGAAACAGGAGUGCUGCCAAAGUACCUAAUUACCUGUUCAGAGCCAUGAGGAAUUAACACAGGGUUUCUAACUGAGAUACAGUUUGUGGAUUGGUUUGCAAUUAGGAAAUACAGCUAUACAUUGCUCAUUAUUCAAGACUGAUGUUUUUGUCAUGAUAAUUUAACCCUGAGUUAAUAAUCUUUCUGAUGUAGUUCAGUCGCACUGUGUCUGCAAGGACAGUUCUAUGUUGCCUAAUAAUGCAUUUAACUGGCAAUAGCUACUAAACGAACUAAAGUUCAUGAAAUCCUAAAAAUAUCUCACCUACUUUACAACUGCAUGUAACAGCUAAGUGCCCAAUAUGCAGAUUUAUAUUCAUCAAGUAUUCUUAAACCUCAAAGUGACUUGCAGAAGGUCAUACUGUGACACCUCUGUUCUCUCAACUCUUAGGUUCAUGCCAUAACCAUUAGGCUAUGUUCCUCUCCUUAAUUAAAACAUCUUUGCUUUAUUUUUAUAUUUUUAUAUUUAUAUUCCUCCUUGUAAGGAAUUAACAUAUUUGCAGUAACAGAAAGGUCUUGUAGGGUUUUUUUCCUAGUUUGUCUGUAUUUGCCUUUGAAAACAUACUGAAUGUUAAGGUCAGUAAAGCACACGCAUCUUGUAUGCAGAAAAUAAAAUCUGUUGUAAAGUACAAGUUUUAUGUGACCUUUGUAUAGUGGGAAUAAUGUAGAGCCAUCUUUUUGAAAUGUGGUUUACAGAGCUUUUACUUUAGCUUACUAUUACUUUAGCUUACUCUUACUAAUUUAAUCCAUGUUGCAUUCAGUAUUUGAUUAUUCUGCUAAUUUCUAAUGAAUUGUACAAAUGCAUGCGUAAACUGCACAGUGGUACUUCGGCCAGCCAGCCACAGCCAUGAGGGCAACUUCUCCAUCCCCUGGUCUGUGAACAGAAGAGGAUCGGUUGUGUUUUUAUACUAUUCUAGAUUCUAACCCCCUUCAGCGUUAUCAGCUCAUCGUUUUCUUCCCAGCAUGCUCCCCCAAGAUGCAUGUGCACUCAGGAUAUCCAUGAAGGAAUGGGAUGUGCCUAAGCUGCUCCUGAAGCUGCUACGUAUGUCAAAUAGUGAUAGUAAUUUGCUUACAGAAUUUCUUUUUUGUUAAUCUGAGUUAGCACUUGCUUAAAGCUAGGUAGUAUAUAACUAUGGAGAAGACGCUGUUAAUCCAUUGCUCUCCUGGGUUGUUAGUUAUGACAUCUCCAUGAUAAUACCCUAGCUUUUGCCCCCACAGCCUGUUUUUUUCCCUCAUCCAAUUCCACGAUUUUAAAGAUUCUAAGGAUUUGAAAAAAAAAAAUCAAAAAUGGCCUUUUCCCUUCCCAAAUGCUUCAUUUUGUUUCUGGGACAACUCUCCUGUCUUCCCAUCUUCUUGUAUGCUUCCGACAUGCACACACUGCUUCCUACCUCAGUAUUUUUUUUAAAUUCAAAGUUAGUCAUGUCAGAUAAGGGUCUCUGCUGUAUUUACUGCCCCAUUAAGGUCUUAGUCUACCUUCAAAAUUAUUUAGCUCAUGCUUCCCAUUUCUGUGUUUUGUCUGUCAAUUUGAUUGUUUUAAACAGAUUUGAAAGAAUACUUAUCCAAAACAUCAGUGCUGCUAAAGUCAUCUUUGUUUUUUGUUGCAGCAUAACAGGAUUCCUGUCUUUGAAUUCUCUCUGAACACCAUCAAAAGUCUCUUAAAAUCAAUGGGAUUCUUUUCAUAGACAUCAUGAAGAUCGGAGCCUUUGAAAUCCUCUCCCCUUGAGGAUCACCUUGUGUCUUGGGUGAUCACUGUUCUUUCACACAGCUACUCUCUCUCCCCUGUUUUUUAUAGUGCUUUGCUAGAGUUCAUGCAUUUUUGAAGUUGCCUUCUUCAAGCAAGCUUGUCAUUUGACUCCUCCAGCAAUAAAACACUCUAAACCUUCCCAUACUUGAA